CUUGGAGGGCGCUCAGUCUGAGGAGGCAGAGCGAGAGGAAGGGCGUCUGGUGCGCUCUGGGCGCCAAAGGAGACCCUGAGGAGGAGAAAGCCCUCUCCAAGGAGCCCCGGCCCAGGUUGGGGGCGAGGGACUCCGAAAGAAGGGCAGAAGGAGCCCCUUGGGACCGGUUCUCCCUCAAGGCGACCCCAAAAGGGGUUCCGGAGGAGGAGGAGGAGGAGGGCGCCCCAAAGAAGCAGCAGUAGCAGUAGCAGCAGCCGCCGCCAGGCAAGAGCGCAUCCCCAGCGGAGCUGGCGCCUCCUGGCAAUGCGCAAAGGGAAGGCGGCGAGGAUGCUGGCCCUGCUCCUGCUCCUCCUGGCCGGCGCCUGGAAGGGAGAUGCCUCCACUAUUUCAGCCAUUACCACAAAAAGUGGGUCUGCAGCAACCACAAUCAGACCAAACAUUGUAACUUCUGAGAACGCUGCUUCUUCAACGGUCAAACUAACAACUUCAAAAACUAUUACCCUCAGUGUUGCCAGUAGCCUGGCAACUAAGAGUGUUCCCUCUGCAACUACAAAAGAAACACAGCAAACCACUUUGGGAACCCCCAGACCAACAUCCACUGGGUCACCAUCAAAAGGGACAUCAGUCAAACCAUCUUCUUCACCUGUAACAUUCAAAACUACUCAUCAGACAAAAGCUACAACUGCUCCCAGGACACCUACAGUCUCAACUGUUGUUGGCCCAGUUCCAUCUAGCAGUGAUUCACCUACGACAGUAGCAGCAACACCUGCUCCAUCAGCACAGUCCAUUGGCUCACCUUCUCCCAUUGUCCUCACAGCAUCAAGUAGACCUGAUACUCCUACAAGUCACAAACAUCUACAACUCCAGGACAUUGCACCAUUUUUACCUCAGGAAAGUGUCACUCCGCAAAGGAAAAAAGUACUCCGCACCCGGGGUUCCACUGCAAACAACCACAACGAGGCCAGGGCUACGCCACCCAAAUAA